AUGUCGUCAACUACUCGGCUUGAUGAGGCUCUGCCUAAUGGUUCUCUCAAGACCCCAAGCUAUCCCAGCAACUGCCUCGCCUUUCUCAACUCUCCACCUACAGUUGAAAGCAGCCAGACGGCACACAUCCGAUUGAACAUCAUCAUCGUCGGCGCCGGACUAGGUGGCUUGGCAACAGCCAUCGCCCUCGCUACCACCGGACACACCGUCACCAUCUACGAGCAAGCCGCAGAACUUGGAGAAGUCGGCGCCGGCAUCCAAAUCCCCUCAAACUCAACCCGCCUCCUCAGUAGACUUGGUCUAGACCCGUAUCUCCAAAAAUACGUAACCGAGCCCGAGACCAUCUCGUUCCGUCGCUGGGAGUCUGGCGAUGUCAUCGGAUUGACAAAGCUCAUACCUAAUUUCCGGGAGACCUUUGGUGCACCGUACUAUGUUAUUCAUCGCGCGAAUUUUCAUACAGCGCUGCAUAAAAGGGCAUUGGAUCUUGGUGUGAAGAUUAAGCUUGCGGCGAGGGUGGUCAAGUAUGAUGCCGUAGGGGGAAGUAUUACUCUUGCGGAUGGUUCAUCUGCGUCGGCGGAUCUGAUCAUCGCUGCUGAUGGUAUGUUCCAGCUCACUUUUUCUAUAUACGAUGCUAAGUAUCUGGCAGGAGUCAAAUCUAUUGCGCGCAGCUUAGUCGACGAAUCUGGUCAACCCCAAUUCGAGCGGACAGGCUUCGCAGCAUACCGGGCAACAGUCGACGUUGCCAAGAUGAAAGCCGACCCAGAAAUUUCAUGGCUCCUGGACAGACCAAACCUGAACAUCUGGAUUGGCGACCAAAGACACGUCAUGACUUACACCAUCGGCGCAGGCAAAUCCUUCAACAUGGUUCUUUCACAUCCGGACAAUACAGACCCAUCAACCUGGGAUCAGACGACUGCCUUGAGUGAUAUGAAGCGGGAAUUCCAUGGGUGGGAUUCACGACUUCAAAAGAUCAUUAGUAUGAUUGAAUCCACCAUCAAGUGGCCCCUCGUCAGCGGAACACCACUAUCACGCUGGACAACCGGCCGUCUAGUCAUCCUCGGCGACGCAGCCCACGCCAUGCUGCCCUAUAUGUCCCAAGGAGCCGCAAUGGCCGUCGAAGACGGCCUCGCCCUCUCCCGCGCCCUGACUAAGAUAACCCAAUCCGCAAGCCUACCCCACGCCCUCCAAAUCUUCGAAAAAGUGCGCAUCUCCCGCGCAACCAAGAUGCAAGAAGCGAGUCUGCUGAACGGCAAGUUAUGGCAUUUUCCAGAUGGGCCUGUGCAGCGGGCUCGUGACCGGGCGAUGAGGGCUGAGGUUUUGGGCGAACUUGUGGCUCAUAGCCCGAAUCAGUGGACUGAUCCGGCGACGCAGAUGUGGGCUUAUGGGUAUGAUGCGGAGGGGGAGAUUGAUCGGGUUUGGGGGGAGGUGGAGGGGGUUGUCAAGUCUCACCUGUGA